CGCGUUUGGAGGCCUUAGGGCCGGAAGUACUGUGGAAAUUGUUUUUCUCUCUCAAAGGUCUCUUCUCACCCCAGCCCUCCGUGAGGUUGUGGUGUGAGCACGCUAAUCGCUGACUUCUCAAGCCAAGGCUUAAUGAUAUUACUAAUGCUUAGUGAUGUUGACAGUGGACUCCAGACCCAGGCCUUACGUUCACUUCGGGCUUUGUGGCCAAACCCAUGGACACCUGCUACUGAACUCUGAGCGUGUUUUGGUCCAGGUUGCCUUGGUGCCUGCUGCAUCAUUUUUUUUUUCUUCUGUGAGUGAUGUAAUAGUAUUGCACCGCGUUCAUGUUCCUGUGACACUGGGGUCUAGGGCACAAUGGCCCAGACCCUGGGGGAGGACCUGGUGCUGUCGUCAGAACUACAGGAUGAUUCUAGCUCUCUAGGGUCUGACUCGGAGCUGAGUGGGCCAGGUCCAUAUCGCCAGGCUGACCGCUAUGGCUUCAUUGGUGGCAACUCAGCAGAACUGGGGCCUGGUCAACCCUCUGCAGACCUCAUCCGCCAGCGGGAGAUGAAGUGGGUGGAGAUGACCUCACACUGGGAGAAGACCAUGUCUCGACGAUACAAGAAGGUAAAGAUGCAGUGCCGGAAGGGCAUCCCGUCUGCCCUGCGGGCCCGGUGCUGGCCCCUGCUGUGUGGGGCCCAGAUGUGCCGGAACAACAACCCUGGCACCUAUCAGGAGCUGGCAGCAGCCCCUGGAGACCCGCAGUGGAUGGAGACCAUUGGCAGGGACUUGCACCGCCAGUUCCCUCUGCACGAGAUGUUUGUGUCACCCCAGGGACACGGGCAGCAGGGGCUGCUGCAGAUUCUCAAGGCCUACACUCUGUACCGGCCGGAACAGGGCUAUUGCCAGGCUCAAGGCCCUGUAGCUGCUGUGCUGCUCAUGCAUCUGCCCCCAGAGGAAGCCUUCUGGUGCUUGGUGCAGAUCUGCGAGGUCUACCUCCCUGGCUACUAUGGGCCCCACAUGGAGGCAGUGCAGCUGGAUGCUGAGGUGUUCAUGGCCCUUCUGCGGCGGCUGCUCCCACGUGUGUACCAGCAUCUGCAGCAGGUAGGCGUUGGGCCGCUGCUCUACCUGCCCGAGUGGUUCCUGUGCCUCUUCACCCGCUCACUGCCCUUCCCCACAGUGCUGCGCAUCUGGGAUGCCUUCCUUAGCGAGGGUGCCAAGGUACUGUUCCGUGUGGGGCUGACACUCAUGCGCCUGGCACUGGGCACUGUAGAACAGCGUGCAGCAUGCCCAGGGCUCUUGGAGACACUGGGGGCCCUUCGAGCCAUCCCCCCGACCCAGCUGCAGGAAGAGGCCUUCAUGUCCCAGGUGCACAGUGUAGCCCUGUCUGAGCGAGAUCUCCAACGGGAAAUCAGAAUCCAGUUGGCCCAGCUGCCCAAGUCAUCUCCUGGGCCAGCACCUCUGCCACAGGCCCGCCUUCCUGGAGCCCAAGCCAUCUUUGAGUCCCAGCAACUGGCAAGGAUUCGAGGAAGCACCAAACCUGAGAUACCCCGAAUAGUGGUGCAGCCCCCAGAGGAGCCCAGGCCACCACGGCGCAAACCACAGACUCGUGGCAAGACUUUCCAUGGGCUUCUGACAAGGGCCCGGGGACCCCCUAUUGAGGGUCCCUCCAGGUCCCACCGAGGCUCCACCUCUUUCCUGGACACCCGCUUCUGAGCAUACCAUAUCUUAAUCAUCUGAAGAGCCAUGCCAGUCCCAGAAAUGUGUAUUGCUCUUUACUUCGGAGCUGUGUGACUGCUCUGUUCCCAGCAGGGAGCACCUAGAGGAGGGGAGCAUCUCCCCAACUAGACUGUGUCAGGCACAAAGAUAAAGGAAGGUCACCGAGUGGAGAUUGUGGGGACCGACCUGGUGCCUGCCAGCAUCAAAGCCAGCACUGAAGGAGAGUAGGGGUGAAGCUUCUGGCUGGGAUAUGGUACCCCCAUGGGCUUCUUGUUGGGGAACCUCAAAUAAAACCUGACUGAGAAGAUGCUUGGAUAGAGCUGGAUCAAAUAUUCCUCCACUCUCUACCCUGGACUUAUUGCCAUGUUCCCCCCUGCCUACAUCCCCACUUCCUGUCAUAGUCCCAUAUGGGGACAUGCCAAGGCUACCCAUUGGUUGCUGGGUAAGGUGUUUACGGGAAAGGAGCGAGCAGCAAGCCCGUGAGUGGCAGCCUCCAGGGUAUAGGUCAGGCUUCUCUACAAGCCAGAGGAAGGCUCCCCAAUGAGAGCUGGGCCCCAGAGGGGGACUCCAGCCUCUCUUUACCUCCCCCAGAUGACUCAGGCCUCCCUUGGGCAGGGGACUCUAAGCCAUGUUGACCUCCCCAGCCAUGCUCCUGGUCCCAUCUGUCAAAGAGAGCGAGACAAGAACAAAGACCUAGUGUGCUCAGGACAAAGGAGAAAGGUCCUGCCAGCCCUUGUUCUUCCCUAAGCCUGGUGUACCCCUUGGGACCGCCACCAUGGAAACCCUCUCCUACACUCAGUAAUUGCCCCUGUGGGUGCCUAGGGUGCCUGGGACAUGAGCCAUUGUCAAGACAACAGAGCUGGUUCUGAUGCUGCCUCUUCUCCACAGAGCCCAGUCCCAGCUGCCCUGGCCCCCUGGGUAGCUUCCUAGCACCCUGAGGUGGGAGCUAGGCAGGAGUUGGGGAGAAGAGCUUGGUGACCUUCCUUUCCGUGGGAAACCAUC